GUCUGAUAUGCGUGGGUUGUAAAUAGCUACACAAUUACAAAUAAGCCCCUCUUGCUUAGUUUGUGGCAGAGAAACCAAGAAACAUUGAGACUGGUGGUAGAAGGCUAUACUGUCAAGCCCUUUCCAUCCCCAGACUGGAAAGAUUUUCUCCAAUGUUUGACCAUUAAAACACUGAAGAGAAAAACUAGAGUCACUGACGAGCAGCUUGAUACGAGAAUAGAAGAAACUGACCUUCCCAAAUUAUCGUUAUAUUUCGAUAACACCCAUGACGGCUAUCUUGAGAAGCUGGGCCUGUCAUCUGGACAGCAACUGAUGUGAAGAGUCAUGCAUACGUACACGGCACUCAGGCUGGAAUGUUGCUGGCUCUGAAAUACUGGCUGGACAGAGUUCUUGCCGAAGGCACAUUCAGAGCUCUGCUACUUAUCCUAAUCUCCCUGGACAAAGGAGACGUUGCUAUCAAGGUGGCACAGUACUUGUCAGCCAAAAGUGAUGAUCGAAUUAUUACCAACCUAAUCGCAAAAAUCAAUACUCUGGAGACUACGUUCCAAGAGCUGACAAAAGAAGCCCUCAAACGACUCAAGCAAUCUGGUGUUAGCGUCGACGAUUUCUAUGCUAGCAUAACAAACAUGAAACAAUCGCUGAAAUAUCUCUCUGGAAAAUACGUUCGGGAAUGCUUCAAGAAAGUGCAAACGCUAGCAAAGAUUUGGGGCGAGCUGAAUCAUUUUUGGGAUUUCUUGAACUAUGAGCUUUUCCAACAUGUUGUUCGAGUCAUGUUCACUGAAGCAGGCAAUCCUUUACUGAGCCAACUAGCCGAGUAUGAGAGUGAUAUGGAUGGAUUCUUGUCUUUAACAAAACUUUGUGAUUACUUCAAAGUGUGGCCGUGUACCAUUGAUAAUCCCCAAGCAAAGGAAGUCAGGGAACUAAAGAAAGUUGUAUUGAGGGUGAAUAAAAACUGGGACGAUUGCACACUACGUGACAUUAAGAACAUCUCCAGUACUUUUGCUCAAGGGUUCUUCUUGCCACGUGAAUUCUUGCUAGUAGCUGGUAUUGGUAAAAGCAGUGUGUCCAUCCUCUGGUCCGUCCCUCCUUCUCUGGCCAACUCAAUAGAGGAAAAGGUGAAACAAGGAAAGGAGCACUUCUUAGCAGACAAUGGCUUUCUAUCCAUCACCAUCGAUGGUGUCCAGGUCUACCCUCUUACUCCAAUAAAACAGGCCUCUCUACAACUGAUGAGAAUGUACACGUUAACAAAUAAACCCAAAAACCUUCUGCAUCCUUACAAACUAGCUCAAAUUACAAAAGAAGAAUUCCAAGGUUAUGAUGCAUAUACAAAGCGCACACUGCAAGGAGAUAAAGAUGACAUUCACUACGAUAAAUCACCAACAACUCUCAGCACUCUUGGCCAUCUUCCCGAUGACUCCCCUGCUCGACUGGUCCUAGUGGAGGGAGCUCCUGGUGUGGGCAAAAUAACAUUCAGUCUCGAGGCUUGUAUCAAGUGGGCCAAUAAAGAGCUGCUUAAAGACACUGCGAUACUCUUCUUGCUGCCAUUGAGAGACCGUAACGUUCAGAACAUAAACAAUAUCGACGAAUUAGUAGCCCUCAUCAUUAAUUCUAGAGACAAGUCACUAGUGGAAGAGCUGGAAGCCAACAAAGGUGCUGGUACUGCCUUCUGGUUGGACGGCUGGGAUGAGAUUGCCUCCACCCUUCAUGGUCAAUCAUCCUUCUUUGAUGAUCUAGUGUCUGGAGAAAUCCUACCCAAAGCUAGAGUGAUUGUGACAAGUCGACCCUGGGCCACUGAAAACAUCAAGAAACGACAACCCUCACAGCACAUUGAGAUUGUAGCGUCUGUCCAAGACCAGAUGGAUUGGGUGAUAGAGCUGAAGAAACAAUCUCCACCAAAGACUUCUACCCUCCUAGACCAGUUCUUGAAAUAUUUGGAUGAGACCCCUGCUAUCAAAGGCCACAUGCACACCCCCUUAGCUACCAGCAUCACCUUGUUGGUCUACCAGUGGUGCCAAGAGUCAAGCUUUGCCUUACCAACAAUGGUGACCCAGCUGUACACCGCCUACACUUGCUUCUGUAUUCAUGGGUACCUGGACAAGCACCCUCACUUUGAGCCCAAGCUAUGGAAAACCAAUAACUUUAGCGAUCUCUCCCAGCCUUUGAAAUCGUUCUUCUAUAGCCUUUCUCAACUUGGUUUGCGUGGCCUACUCAAUAAUGUACCACGACUGGUUUUCCCUGAUCUUCCCGAUCAUCUCAGACUGGAGACUUUGGGACUGAUGCAGACAGUGGACCCUCUAUACACCAAUGAGAAGUCUGCUGUAGUUAGCUAUCACUUCAACCACCUCACACUCCAAGAAUAUCUAGCUGCAUUUUCGCUCUCACAGAUGAGCGAUGAAGAAAGAAGUGCGAUUAAUCAGAGGCGUGUCAAUGAUGGCCACUUCACUGAGGUCCUGAGGUUUCUCAGUGGACUAACCAAAUCCUCUCCCAUCCUCAGAGAUCACAUGAGGAGAAUGCUCAAUUCAUUGAAAGACAAAGACAUAUUGACCGUCUUUCACUGGCUGUUUGUGGGAGGUGACAAAACUUCCAUUGCUGAAGUUCUUGGAGAGAGUAGAAUCACAGUUCACUCAACCUAUUCCUGGUCUGCUCUUGACUAUUUUGUGACUGGCUACUGCAUUGCUCGAUCCAACUGUGCAUGGGAUAUUGAUUUCAACCGCUCAUACAUGGGAGAUGAGAAGAUGACUCCAUUCUUUCAAGCACUGUGCAGUGUCGAUGGAGAGCAGGGAAAUGCUUCCAUCACAUCAAUAGAUUUUAGCUUGAAUGAUCUCACCUCACAAAGCCUCCAAUACAUGCAUGACAUUCCUGGCUGCUCACGUAUUACAUCACCUGAAAACCCUGGAUGUAUCCUACAACAAUCUUGAUGGUACUGCUGUUGACAACAUUUCCCAGACCGUCCCUCAGAGUCACAUGCCUCAACUGGAAGAGCUUGAUCUGAGCGGCAAUCGUAACAUCAAUAGAGCUGCAUCUCUUGUAUCAGCCCUCUGUGACCACACAAGUUUGAAGAAGCUGAAUUUAUCUCGGACAAAUAUCACUAAAGAAGAUUGUCAACAAUUAGCUCGACUGAUGUGUUCUAGUCAGUAUCUUGAAUCGUUGGAUGUCAGUGACAACUCUCUCUCCUCUGACAGUGUCCACAUUCUGUUCAGUGGACUACAGCAAAAUAGCUCUCUGGAUAUCGGGCUAAAAGACAAACUUAUUCGAAACUGUUCACUAAAGAAACUGAAUUUGUCUGGCAAUCUACUAGGAGACAGUGAAGUAACUUAUCUCGGUAAAGAACUAGAAACAAACAAAACAAUCACUAAACUAGAAUUACAAAGCUGUUCCAUGACUACCAUUGGAGGAGCAGCACUGGCCUCAUCUCUGAUGAUCAACUCAACAAUAGAGGUGCUGGACAUUAGCCGCAAUUCUUUAGGAGGAGAAGCCAUUCAAAAGUUUUCAGAGCUAUUACAACGUAACAAGACACUCAAGAGUCUAUUUAUUUACGAUGAUAACUCAUUAACUCAAUCGGAUAUCGAUACCCUCCUCAACAGUGCAACAGA